CUGCUGUUGCGCGGACCGGAUCAUAAGUCAGCCGCUCCCAUUCCUCGCAUCCCUCCGCGCUCCUCAUUGUGCUCUGCUGACUCAGUGCCUUAAGCAUCAUCCGCUCUCAACGCCGCUGGCACAAACCUCGACCGGUGUGGAAAUUAACACGGACUCAAGAAGGGACACCAUGGCCAAAACAGCUAUCGCGUACAAGGAGAAGAUGAAGGAGCUGUCCAUGCUCUCGCUCAUUUGCUCCUGCUUCAGCCCACAGACACGUAACAACAUUGUCUGUGAGUUCGAAGACAUGGAAGUAAAGCCAAUAAACAAAAGGGCCUCAGGCCAGGCCUUCGAGGUGAUUCUGAAACCACCCUCACCGGUGUCAGACGUGGCCCACAGCAUCACCUCUCCUCCCAAGAAGAGGGAUAUGUCCCUGGAAGACAUCCAGAAGAAGCUGGAGGCUGCUGAGAACCGCAGAAGGUCUCAGGAAGCUCAGGUGCUCAAGGUUCUGGCUGAGAAGCGCGAGCACGAGAGGGAUGUGCUGCUCAAAGCCAUGGAGGAAAACAGCAACUUCAGCAAGAUGGCAGAGGAAAAACUCAUUCUGAAGAUGGAGCAGAACAAGGAAAACCGUGAGGCCCAGAUGGCAGCCAUGAUAGAACGCUUGCAGGAGAAGGAGCGACAUGCUGCAAUCGUCCGCAGGAACAAGGAGCUGAGGGAAGAACUAAUAGCGUGAAGUUAUCCUCCUCCUCUUCAUACCCUUCAUCAGCUGACCCGUCAUCCUAUCCUGCUCACACACACACACACACACACACACACACACACUGGUAAACACCUAGCAUCACACACGUAUACUGUUUGAACGGUCUUGCUUGAUUUCAUAGAGUAACGGGAAGACACAAGUAUUAUUUUGUAAAUACAUCUUUUUUAUCUCUCUCUCUCUCACUGCUCAGUCUUUCUCUCCAUCUAUCUAUCUUUCCGUCCAUCCGAUCGAGCGAUAGCAAAUCCAAUGCAUCACGUCGACCCUCCGGUUAUUAUUUGUCGAUUUCGCGGUUGUUCCGUCCGAGGCACGUCCGGUUUGAUCACGUGAAAGGUUUUCGAUGUUGUGAGUAAGCCGCCCGCUUACGUUCGCGGUGUUAAAUGAUGUGAAGUUCGGUGUAAUUGUGAAGAAUGCAAAAAAGCGCUCAGGCCCCAGAUUUCCAUUUUGAAACGCCAACCCACCCAGACUCACGAAAUAUAUAGUGCACUUACGUUUAUAUACAGCAUGACCGAGACAUUUUCCUGAACGGAUAGCUUGAAAUACGAGUACCGAAACAAAUAAAAACCUGUUAAUAGUGUUUCAUUUGUAGGCAAAACGUGUUUUAGGUUUCUUUUGGCUUAUUAUCCUCACGUGAAGUAUGUUACGCACAUCUCUGCAUGUCGACCUCUGCGAACGUACUCUUUUGUUGGCUGAUGUUUGGAAACGCUGCACCCUUUUAGACGAAGAGUCUAGACCGCUUGACGUAGCCUGCGUUAUAUUACAAAAGAAAAGGAAAAACUAGCGGCCGGUCCUGACCUGCGAGCGAGGGGUUUCUUUCCGUCGAUCCUGCCCCGUUUCCUCGACAUCGAUUAAGGCCUUCGGCGCUCGAGGCUGAUGUUUUGUCCUCUGUGUCUAGCGGGAGCAGACAUCUUCAUCGGCGUAAUUAAAGGAAGUCGUAUAUCUCUGAAUGUUCUGGCUUGAUAAAAUAGGUAACAUCUUUACCAGCUGAAUGUAUCCUCAUAUACUCCCAACUACAGCCUUUGACGUGUGACUAUUUUCUAAUUCGGUUGAUUUUCGUGCGACUGGAGCGAGUGCGCGCGCGUGUGUGUGUGUUCAUGUUAGGUUGACCGAGCAUUUGUGUUCUUUCUCUCUGGAAGUGAAGCGAUGUGGAAUAUGCACCGAAUGAUUAUGCUUUUAUUUGGAUUUAUUUUUCAGAUCACUGUCUCCUCUAUAAAUAUGCUUGAAGUGUCUUCGGCUGCCAAAAUUGUCCCUCCCUCCCUCCCCCCCUCUCAUUUCUGUGUGUGCAAACUUUGGUGAAAAUAAAGGUUUGGGGUUCUGUGAACAUGG